AUGUCAUGCCCUAUUUGUGCUAAAAAUUUGUUUAUAAUUAGAGGCAAAUUGGAUACUUUUAGGAAAGCUUUACCUAUAAGCCAGCAUGUUUCUAUAAUACAAAAAUUAGAGACCUAUCAGGAAUCUGAUAGUUAA